UUUGACUUUGGCAGUCAGACACAUUGGCAGGAGUCUGUAUAAAAGCAGAACAGAAUACAAUCGGAGCACAAAAGACGAUUUGGUCUUUGGAAGCUUAUCCAAUAUUUCCUGGCCAUCCAGGGGUGCUAGAAAGGAGCUGGUGAAGUAGAAUUUUGAGAUUUAAACUGUAUCUGCCUUCCAUGAGUGUAAAAUCCUCUACUGCCUUCAGAUCUGAGCGUUGCUUUCAUCAGAACACCACUUCCUCCUCUUCUUCUUCGGGUCCAGCUUUGGAUCAGUACAUGGAUAAAUCAAGAGGUCUCUUUGGGGACGAGUUUGAGAAGUCCUCAAUCCUCCAUGGAAACUUUUUGAGGCCCCGGACUGAGCAACUUGGAUAUUCAGGCCGUCCAGGAAGUAUGGGGAAUGUAAAGACCAUGGGAGACAAUUACCAGUUCACAGUGGAUGUGAGUGACUUCUCACCUGAAGAUAUUAUUGUUACCACCUCUAAUAAUCAGAUUGAAGUUCAUGCUGAAAAGCUUGCUGCAGAUGGAACUGUCAUGAACACAUUCACACACAAAUGUCAGCUACCAGAUGAUGUGGAUCCCACCUCUGUGACCUCCACCCUGGGUGAUGAUGGGACACUGACGAUUAAAGCAAAGAGGCACCCAGCCAAGCACACUGAACAUGUGCAACAGACUUUCCGAACUGAGAUUAAGAUCUGAGCAGGCAAGGGAUGAGGGCUAUGUUAUGGUAAUGCUGGGUGGUGUUUGAUAAUGCCAGUGGUAGUGCUUUGGUCAUGCAGAUGAUUACAUGUGCUGGUGUCUAAUUCACACCUCACUCUGCCAACAUACCAUUGCAAAAUAUCAUCUCAACUCUUGUCGGCAUGGAAAUAUUGAGCAAAGCCUGUGCAAUAAGAUAUUUGACACUUUCUAUCACAUUAUUUAGUAAUUCCAUUUAUAUUAUGUAUCCACGACUAAUCUAAAGUUCACAAGACAGUGGCAGACUUGUUUGAAAGUUUUCUUGUUCCAAAAGGAUCGAUGCUGCCUUCACACGGAGCUGACAAAUUGUGUGAAUGGUCUUGUAUUGUAAGGUAGAAUAGAUCAGAAACAUCGGUUGAUUAUUUUAUCAGUUGACCCCUCCUAGAUUUAAUUUUCCUGUGUAAUGUGGUCUGUAAAUAGGUUUGCAUCAUAAUGCUGUAUUUUCGUUCUUUGACAAAAGAUUAUUUUCUGUCACUUAGACAAGUGUGUAAGAGUGUGUGCUGCUAUUAGGGAAACAGUUUCAGAACACAAGAAUAUAAAACUCUUCGGGAAUAGGAAAGGACCAUUAGGUCCAAUAGCCCUGCCCUUCAAUCACUGAUUAAAUGAAAAGUUAUAUAAUAUGACAAAAUCUCUUAAUCUUCAUAUAAGGCACAAUACUGCAUUGCCUAAUUACAGUCAUACUUAUAGUGUAGGACAGGGUACUCCUCUAAUAUAUUUAAAAUGGCAAGUGUGGAAACAAAUCAUCUGAGAUGCUAGAGUAUGCACCCCCACCUCCCCACCUCACUUUGCCUCCACAUUCCCUCUCCCGACCCCAUAAAACACAGCCCCCUGUUUGUGGAGUGUUGCAGUGUUCACAUUAGUUCCUAUAUUCCCUGAAAUUAAAACAGAGACCACACUUCAAAUAUAAAUGCUUCAUUGGCUGUUUAAGGGCUUAAACAGUCUCACGUAGAUCAUGCGUUCUUUGUCAACAACAUUUGGUCUCUUUUGGACAUGUUGUAAAGGAAAGCACCAAUGAUCCAAUGCUGAAGAUCUUGUAAUGGCAGUUUUAGUGAGGUCACCCAUUGAAGCAAACAAUCACUGGAGUUAAUUUCAACAGGAACAGAAGGAAUAGGCGCAGGACAAGGCCAUGUGGAUGCUACAUUUUCACACACUAUUGAAUAUUCCUUCUCCUUUGUCUCCAAAAAUCUUUCAACAAAUGAGCAUCCAAAGCUCACUGGGGGAAGAGAUUUCCAUCCAUUUAAUUGAAGCCAUUUCUGUUCCUCCGAGUCCCAAAUAGCCAAUGAUUCAUUUUUAACUUUGCGCGCCCUAGUUCACUCCCUAGCCAGAGGAAACAUUCUCUCAGCACUUAAAUGCAUAUGCUUAAAAACUUUUGACAGAUGGAACAAUGUUAAUGAAUCAUGGUUGUUUGAGAUUUCAAUUGAAUCUAUAAAUGCCUUUGAAUCCACACGCAGUUAAGAACAUGCUACUUUGGAAAAGAUCUUAUUAAAAGUUCUUGAUUGCACAUUUUGAUCUCAUUCUAAUGUUUCCUACACUGAUAGUCACUACUGGUAUUGGUGUUUUCUAAAAAAUGUAUUUCUUCUUUCCUAUUAUUGCUAAUAGAAUUCCACUGUCUUUGUGUUAUAAUAAAUAAAUAUACUCCA